ACUGAUUUUCAGUUCUCACUAAAUAAUCACAUGUUGGCGGCUAUGGGGUGUAUAGUAUUCUAAAUUGUUAAGUAUAAAUCUAGGGUUGACUAUGCUGUAGGGUCUAGGGUAGAAGAUGUCUUUGGCUGAAGGGGUGUUGGUUCUUACGUGUAAGUUGUCACAGGAUCUGAGGAUUAAGGUGUUGUCGGUUUUAGGAUGUAAAUUGCCCUUGGUUGUAAGGUUUAAGGUGUCGUAGGUACUUCGGUGCAAGGUGUAGCUUCUAGGUUAAAGGUUUCAUCGGUUCUACGGUGCAAGGUGUCGUAGCUUCUAGCAUUUAAAGUGUCGUUGAUUAUAGAGUGGGAGGGGUCAUGGGUACUUGCAUGUAAAGUGUCGUAGUUUUAGUAUGGAGUGUGCUGUAGGUUUUAGAACAUGUCAUAGGUUCUAGGGUAUUAGGUGUCGUAGGCGCUUCAAGGCAUCAUGUGUUCUUGUAUUUAAGGAGUCACAGAUUCUAGGGUGUAAGGCGUGUUUGGCUGCUGAGUGUAAGGGGUUGUUGGUUCUAGUUGUUGGAUAUGGUGUAAUAUGUUGGUCUAAGGUGUCGGUGGUUGUAGGGUUUCAGGUGUCUUAGGUGCUUUGGUGUAAGGUGUCACAGGUCCGAGGGUGUAAGGCACCACGAGUUCUUUUAUGUAAGGUGUCUUCGGGUGUAAGAUAAAGUAGGAUUUAUGGUGGAAGGAUGAAAUGUGCCGUAGGUUCUAGGAUCUAAGGUGUCCGUGAUUCUUGGGUGUAAGGCAUCACGAGUUCUUGUAUGUACCAGUUAAGUGUGAUCGGUGUUUUUGGUUGGAAGGUGUUGUUGUUGGUUACACAUAGUAUGACAUCUGUGUAUUCCUGUGACAGCGCAUGCGUUUGCGUUAGACCACCUGGUAACUGCCUCUCAGGUGAAUUACUUGGCCGAGAGUGAGGCUGAGCGACGGGAGGAAAGUGUAAAUUGUAAUUGCAGGCCCCUGCUCCCUCCCCCUCAUGCCAAGCGAUUACAUCGGCAGUGUGCAGGGCCGCAUUCAUGUGCAGUUACAAAACCAAUUCUUCCCCUCCCCCACUCGACCGACGAUAUUGAUACAGGGACAUUUCAUGGCUUUAUUGUACACAGGCACAUGUACGCUGGCCCACCCUGGUGUUUUCCCUUUGCUAUUUAUAACACAGAGAGGCAUCAUGUUUGUCUGGACUCCACUAUUUAGGGGGCUGGCGGCUUAGGUGGCUUAUUACUUAGUGCCGCAGGACAGUCCAGUUGCCAAAAACAAAAGUUAUGGUUCUGUGUCGAGAGAGCCUUGGUAACCCUGUACACACGCAUGGUUAUUAAUAACCUGCCGGUUGCUGACCGCUGACAGUUAGGAGAGGUCGGGGACUGGAUGGUAUCUUUUGUUCCAAGGGGUCGCAGGCUAAUCCACUGACUGAACAGUAUGUUGAAAAAGGUAUUGCGACACCCGGUCAGCUGAAAAUGGGAGACAAUAUGGAGCGGGGCCCCCCUUUGUCGAAACGCUCUCUUUACAGUGUUGCCAGUUAUACGUAUGGCAUUCAAAAUGCUCCGUCUUGUUAUCUCUUGGCCUUUCAGCAUCCAGGGCAUAGGUGGGGGCCGAGGGGGAGGAGCGGGUUCGCCGAGCCUGCCCCAGCCAGACGUGCACGAACCGGCCGGGUCAGUGUCAAGCGAAAGGAAAAGAAGGCGGAAGGCAAAACCAAUGACGAGAAGGACAAAGAAAAGGCCAAAUGCGGGAAAAAGCAGGACAGAGUUGUCAAAAAGCCGGAGACAACCCCUGAGCCGUGCGCGGCGGCUGAGGACAAGAAGAACGGGGAAGCUGCCGGGGCAGCGGGCGUGCAGGUGAAGAAAAGUGAUGGAAAUGCCGAGUUCGAGCCCAUUGAACUGCCGCCGUUUGAGAUCGUCACAGGAACGCAGAUGAGCCCGUUCUACUUCAAGUUUCAGUUCAGGAACGUGGAGUACUCGUCCGGCAGGAACAAGACCCUGCUGUGCUACCGAGUGGACACGCCAGGGGGCAGCACAGAGUCUUUGAAAGGCUACCUGGAGGAUGAACAUGCCACAGCUCAUGCUGAAGAGGCUUUCUUUCAGCAAGUGCUCCCUGACAGUAACCCCUCCCAGGAAUACGACGUCACAUGGUACGUGACAUCCAGUCCCUGUGUGGCCUGCACAGCCAAGCUGGCCAACAUCCUCCGGCAACGCAAGAAGCUCCGUCUCUGUGUAUUCUGCUCUCGCCUCUUUGAAUGCGAGGAGCCGGAGUUAGUGGAGGGGCUGAAGGCCCUGGUGAGCGCUGGAUGCAAACUGAGGAUGAUGAAGCCCUCUGACUUCCAGCAUGUUUGGGAGACCUACGUGGAGAAGGAGGACCAGAGCUUCACACCCUGGGAGGACUGUCAGGAGAACUACAACUACUAUGUGGAGAAACUGGCUGAUAUCCUCAAGUAGAAGUCUGGACAGGAUUUCUCCUCCAGUGGAAUAUUUUGAACAUUUUGGGGUGAUGAUUUCAUUGGGAGACAAAGUUUUACUUCGUGUAUUUCUUUUUUUAUUUUAUUUUAUUGUAGCUUUAUUCAUCACAUUUUAUUCAACAAGACACAUUAGACAGACGGAGAACAAACUGGUGUCACAAUUACAUUAAAGGUACAGUUCCUGUC